AUGUGCGGCCGCUUUGCGCUCGGGCUGAGUGGAGGGGAGUUGGAGGAGGCGAUCGCCAGGGAUUACUUCCAGCCACCGGCACACCACCAGGGGGCGCGAGACCAGGAUGGCGAGCAGCAGCAGGAUGGAAACGAGGCAGACGAGCAGGAACAGGCUGGCGGAGCGGCGCAGGACGGGGAGGGAAGCGCUCCUCGCGAUGAGGUGGGGAAGUCGACUCACCAGGACGCGCUUCACUGGAGCUCGUUCGAGGCGCAGAGCACUUUCAGGCCUCGCUACAACGUCGCGCCGACCACCCAAAUCCCGGUUGUGAGGAGGACAAGGAAGGACAAGGAGACGUACGAGCUGGACCUGAUGAAAUGGGGACUCGUGCCGAGCUGGUACUCGGAGCCUCCUUCCGCCGGUCUCUCUACGAUCAACGCGCAAUGCGAGUCCGUCUUCGAAGGCACGCCCGCUUGGCGUCAGCCGAGGCAGACGAAGCGGUGCCUCGUCGUCGCGCAGGGAUUCUACGAGUGGCUCAACAAGCCUGGCAUGAAGGAGAAGCAGCCGUACUUUGUCAAGCGCAAGGAUGGCAAGCUGAUGGCUUUUGCGGGGCUUUGGGAUCACUGCGACUUCAAUGGCAACUACGACCCCGUCACGAGCUGCACGAUCCUCACCGUCCCCGUCAACAAGCAGCUCCGAUUCCUCCACACCCGCAUGCCCGCCAUCCUCCCCGACCACUCCGCCAUCGCGCUCUGGCUCUCGCCCGAGGGCUGGUCCGACAAGCUCAAGAGCAUCAUCAAGCCCUUCGAGGGCGAGCUCGAGUACUAUGCGGUCGACAGGGGCGUGGGGAAGGUGCAGAAUGACAGUGCCGACUUUAUCAAGCCCGUCGCACAGAAGAAGGGCUCGCUCGAUUCGUUCUUUGCCAAACAAGCCGCCUCGUCUCCCUCGAAAUUCACCGCCUCGACCUCGUCGCCGAAAAAGUCGUCCGUCUCUCCUCCCGCUCCGACCAAGAAGUCCGCUUCGCCACCCUCCGCCUCGUCCUUGCCGGUGAAGGGGAUGAGCAAUGCGAGCACAAAGAAGGAGGAGGACGAGGAGGCGUUGGACCCGGACGAGGCGGACUCGGCGAAGCUCGCCAAGAUCGAGGAGGACGUGAAGAGCGAGGAGGAGGCGAAGCCUGCGACGGCUGGGAAGGGCAAGGGGAAGAAGCGCGCGAAGCCGGAGUCUGGGUCGGAAGGCGAGAAGGUCGAGGUGCUCGACCUGUGCGAGUCGGACGGAGGAAAGGACGAGGACAAGCCGUCGCCGGCCAAGAAGAAGAAGAAGACGGCGGAGAAGCGGAAGGAGGAGAAACAGACGGACGGGAAGGGGACUGAGGAGCUGACGAACUUCUUCCCCGUCGUCGAGUGA